GGUGCCACCAACAGCACCCCCUAUGGGUGCAGCCCCAGCAUCAGCGCCCUCUACUACAACAUGUGUGACCUGGGCGCGGCGUGGGGCGUGGUGGUGGAGGCCUUCGCGGCGGCCGGCGUGGUGGCGUCCUUCGUGCUGCUGGUGACGCUGCUGGCCAGCCUCCCGUUCGUGACGGAGGAGGGGCGGCAGAGCACGGUGGGGCCGCAGGCGGGGCUGCUGGCCUGCACGCUGGGCCUGUUCGGCCUGGCCUUCGCCUUCAUCGCCGGGAAGGACUUCUCCACCUGCGUGGCGCGGCGCUUCCUGUUCGGCGUGCUCUUCGCCGGCUGCUUCUCCUGCCUGCUGGCACACGCAGCGGGCCUGAACGUGCUGGCGAGGCGCGACCGCAGUCCCCGCGGCUGGGUGCUGUGUCUGGCUGCGCUGGCGCUCUGGCUGGUGGAGGUGAUCAUCAACACGGAGUGGCUGACCAUCACCGUGGCCCGCUACCCGCUCAACGCCACCGGCGUGCCCGCGGCCUGCGCCAUCGCCAACCCGGACUUCGCCAUGGCGCUCGUCUACGUCAUGGUGCUGCUGCUGGCCGUGCUGGUGGCGGCGGCCGCCGCGCUGGCCGGCAGGCACAGGCGCUGGCACCGGGUCGCCAUCUUCAUCCUCACCACCGCCGUCCUCUCUGCCGGCAUCUGGGCAGCCUGGCUCGUCAUGUACGUGUACGUCAACCAGAGCCGGGGCAGCCCGGCCUGGGACGACCCCACGCUGGCCGUCGCCGUGGUGGCCAACGGCUGGGUGUUCCUCGCCCUCUACGUCAUCCCCGAGAUUUCGGCGCUGACCGACGAGGGAGAGGAGCCGAAGGUGCCGGUGGAGGGCGGAUACCCCUCCCGCGGGGUGGGCUAUGAGACCAUCCUGAAGGAGCAGAAGGAGCCGAGCUCCCAGAACGUGUAUGUGGAGAACCAGGCCUUCACCUUGGACGAGACCACUGCAGCAGCCAACAAGUCACUAUCCCCAUACAGUGGCUACAAUGGCCAGAUCCGUAGCUGUGUCUACCAGCCAACUGAGCUGGCCCUGAUUACCAAGGGCCUGGGAAAUGUAAGUAAUCUACAUAGAGAGGUACUCUAG